CUUAGUUUGGAGACUUUAACAGAGGGCCUGCGCUUUCAGUGCAUUUCUCACGCGACAAGUUGCAUGCAACCAACCAAAUAUACGUGCCAAGUCUUCGUGUCUCACUAGAGUUAGGCUAAUUCGCCUGCACCUGACGCGCCCAACCGUAGCAGCGCCAUGCGUGGCAUCGACACUACCUGCGGCCCCCACGCUCCAACUCAGCUCCAGCUCCUGCCCCUGGCCUCCGGCCGCCGUGCUGCCAGGACUUGUGCACUAGCCCACGCACAGCAAUGGCGGCGCGUCAGCUGCUGCUGUCCCAGGCGCCAGCUACCGGCGCCGGGCUCGCAGCGGCGGCCGCUGCCGCCAGUGGCCGCAGCGCCCGGGAGCGAUGGUGACGUGGGCGGGACGCGUAGCCGUCGCCAUCCCGACCUCCUUAGGGUGGCGCAGGGAAAGGACGGCAGCAGUAGCAGAGGCAAUGACGGCAGUGGCAGCAGCAACAGCGGCGACAGCAGCAGCAGCAGCAGUGGCAGUAGCAGCCUUGGUGGGAGGUCAGCACGUGUGAUGGGCGGGGCUGUGGCGCCUGCGCCUGCAGACGCACCUGCGCCGGACCCGCCGCGCCCGGAGCAAGUGGACGACCGAUACCGCAGGGCGGACUACAAGUAGGAGGGCCACCACGCUUCACGUAGUCGUUGAUCUGCAUGAACCACUCCUGACCGUAGCACUUGCUGGUGUAGUAGCACAGCACUGUCAUGAUGGACACCAGGAAGGUUUGUGUCAGGCCAGCCAUCGUGUGGGACAGCCGGCGCCGCUGGGACAGCUCGUAGCAGAGGCGGGGCAGCUUGAUAGGGGGCACAGGCCGCACAGGCACUAAUAGGCCUGCAAUGCGGAGUCACCGCGUGUGUGUGUGUGUGUGUGUGUGUGUGUGUGUGUGUGUGUGUGUGUGUGUAUGUGUGUGUGUGUGUGUGUGUGUAUUGGAUGGGGCACAGGCUGCACAGGCAUGGAAGGGGCAUCAUUUAACGAAGUGCUUGCUAGUGAAUGCGAAUGCAAGACGCCGUCGCGAGCUCCAGGCUAGCAAUAAACAGCACGAAAGAAGUUAGUGUCAGCGGCAAUGCGGUUACUUGUUACCUUCGAGACGAGACACCGGUGCGCGCUCCACGCUGCUCCGCAUUCGGCACGCCAAACGGAGUCCGAGUGUCGUGGAGACUGCUGCCGCUUGCAGGGGCGGACGCGUUCCAGCUCGCAACUAGGCUGCUGCCAUUCGCCGCGACAACGCGAAACCCACAAAAUGCACCCACCUGGAACGGAGCCAGGCGCAGCAAUGCGCAGUCAACUGGGGGUUAUCGUGUGUGACUAUGCGUCCUUGUGUGGUUGGUACUAUUAUCGCUGACAUGGCGGGCAAGCGGUUUUCGGCCUCGUAAGGACCGAGUGCGGGUUAGCGAAGAAGUCUGCUCGCGUCGCACGCUGGAGCUGGCGCUGGAGUGUGAACACUGUAGGCAGAUAUGAAAUGUGAGGCACAGGAGGCGGUCAGCUGACGGGAGAGGCGGGGACGGCGGGCACAGCUGGCGAGUGAAACUGGCACGGUCUGUAGCAGCUGCCUGGUCGGUAGGUGGUGCGCACGGUAACGGGGGUCCGGGCCAGGGGGGGGGUAGUUUCGACUGGGAAAGGCCCCAUGUUCUAAAACGAAAGAGCUUGACGAGAGGACUCCAAAUCCACUUUCAGA